AUAAAACAUUAUUUUAACAUGCAAAAAACAUUAUUAAUACAAUUAUUUAUUAAUGUAAAAAUAUUGUUAAUUUAAUUAUAAUUAACCAAUAAUAAUUAAGGCUUAUCUACAUUAUUAUUUUCAACCAAUAAAAAAAAAAUUAAAAUCGAAAUUCCAGGUGUGUGUGAGUCACCAACAAGUGAAUUUCGUCAAUAAUUAUCAAUAAUUACAAUAAAUAAUAAUUUUUAAUUUAAAAAAUAUUCAACAAUAUAAAUAUAACAAAAAAUAGUUAUUAUUAUUAUUAUUAAAAAUUACCUAACACUAAAAAUAUUAAUAAUUAAAAAAAAAAAUUAUAAAUUUCGAUUUUUUUUGUUUCGAAAUAAUUUCUAAUAACAAUAACAAUUUUUUUUUUUUUUCGCAUAUGUUGUCUUUGAGUUGUCGUGCCUUCUUAUCCCCCCGCGGUUAAAAAAAAAAAAAAAAAAAAAAAAAAUCAACCCGUCGUCCAAGUUCCUCUUUCAUUUUCCAAGUCGAACGAGACACUCAUUUUGUUGGGGUCCCGGACUCGGUGCGCAUGUGGCCACAGGCAUCACGCAUUUUUUGUUAAUUUUUUGUUCGGUCAUAUAUUAUAAUAAUUAAUUAAUAAAAAAAAAUUUGUCUCGUUAUUAAUAUAAACAAUUAAUUUGUGUUAAAUAUUGUUAUAUUAUUUUAUUUAAAAAAAUAAUAAGUUUAAAGUUUAAAAAAAGAGGGAGAUUCUUGGUAUUUAUUGCGAUAAAGUAAUGGCGUUUUUGAGAACAAUACCGCGUGUUUCUUCAAGAAAAAAUAUAGUUAAGUGUUUUGGAUUAACAGAUUUAUCAAGUAAAAUAAAUAAUGUCGGUAUCAAAACAUCAUCACAGCUAUUACAAAUUACGGAACGUAAAUAUUCCAAGGAUGCAUCAUCAACAUCAUCGCAACCUGGUGUUUGUGGCAUCAAGCCGGCAUCCAGGCAGAUCGAUUCAUUGGACCUCAAAUUUGAUGAUCCGAUAGCUUCAUUUAAAAGCAAAAAAACCAUGGAACUUAUUAGAGCCUAUCUUGUUUACCAAAUAUGUUCAAUUGAUUUUGUCGUUGAAAAUAAUAUGAAGUUUAUGAAAGCUGCUGAGUCAAUUCUUGGUGCAAGGCUCUUUACAUGGUUAAUGAAAGGUACAUUUUAUGGUCAUUUUGUUGCUGGUGAAGAUGAAGUAAAAAUCAUGCCAACACUUAAAAGACUUCAACAAUUUGGUGUCAAACCAAUACUUGAUUACUCUGUCGAAGAAGACCUAUCACAAGAAGAAGCUGAACGACGUGAAGUAAAAGCUUCAGUGUCAGAAGCAGGUGAUGAAACUAAAGAGGGUACUCUGAAAAAGUAUCACGUUGAUAAAUCAUUUGCUGAUAGAAGAUACAAGGUAUCAUCAGCAAGAACAUACUUUUAUUUAAAUGAAGCAUCUUGUGAACGCAACAUGGAUAUUUUUAUAAAAUGUCUUGAAUCAGUAUCAGCUGCAUCACAAGGAAUGGGAAUCAUUGCAAUCAAAAUGACAGCACUUGGACGACCACAAUUAUUGCUUCAAUUGUCUGAGGUUAUUAUGAGAGCACGUCAAUACAUGUCUGAUGUUGUUGGUGGUGAGGGUGCUGUUUUAGCUCAUCAUGCUAAACCAGAUGAUUUUAGAAAAAGAUUUGAAAAUGCACAAAUUAAAGAUGCUGUUCCAGUACGUAAAUUUUUGGAUAAAAUACAAUCUGACAAAGAAGGUGUCAUUCAUUUGUUUCCUUGGAGUGGAAUUCUUGAUGAAAAUUAUGAAUUAAGUGAAACAUUCCAAGUUCCUGAUAUUAAAACUGGUAAAAUGGUUAAAUUGAUGACACAAUUAACACCAAAAGAAGAAGAAAUGUUUAGAAAUAUGAUUAGAAGAUUGACCAGUAUUAUAAAUGCUGCUGAAAGAUUAAAUGUCCGAAUAAUGAUUGAUGCUGAACAAACAUAUUUUCAACCAGCAAUAUCAAGAUUAACCCUUGAAAUGAUGAGAAAAUAUAAUACGGAGAAGGCUGUUGUAUUUAAUACAUACCAGACGUAUCUCAAGGAUUCAUACUACGAGGUGAAGACUGAUUUGGAGCAAGCUGAGCGACAGAAUUUCUACUUUGGUGCUAAGAUCGUUCGUGGAGCCUACAUUGAACAGGAAAGAGCAAGAGCUGCUGCAAUGGGUUAUACUGAUCCAACAAAUCCAACUUAUGAAGCAACAACUGAGUCUUAUCAUAGAACACUCAUGGAAUGUUUGGGAAGGAUGAAGCAGUACAAAGACAAAGGAGAAGAUAUCAAAAAAAUUGGUAUCAUGGUUGCAUCACACAAUGAAGAUACUGUUCGUUUUGCUAUUGAAAAAAUGAAAGAAAUUGGAAUUUCUCCAGAGGAUAAAGUCAUUUGCUUUGGUCAACUAUUUGGCAUGUGUGAUUAUCUCACUUUUCCACUUGGCCAAUCAGGAUAUUCAGCAUUCAAAUAUAUUCCUUAUGGACCAGUUAAAGAAGUUCUACCUUACUUGUCACGACGAGCACAAGAAAAUCGCGGUGUACUUACUAAAAUUAAAAAAGAAAAACGUUUAUUAUUUUCUGAAAUUAAAAGACGAGUUCUUACUGGUAAAUGGUUUUACAAACCAAAGGGUAAUUACACACCUGUGUGAACUCUUAAAUUUUCAUUUUGUGUUUUUAAAUAAAUAGAAAAAAAAAAAAAGAAACAAGUCAAAAUGAACAGGAGAAAAAGAAUAAUUGAAAAUCAUUAAAAAAAAAUUAAAUAAAUCAAUGAACAAAACUUAAUAAAAAAAGGUGAUUGUAAAUUAUUAAAAAAAAAAAAAAUUAGGAUCCUUCGAUGAAAGUUUAAUAGUGAAAAGAUUAAAGAAUCAAACAAAGUGUGUGCAUAUUUUUUUUUUCUCUUAUUUUUAUUUGUUAAUUUAUCCUUUAUUCAAUUUGUUGAAUAAAAAAUUGUUUGAUACAAUUUUUUAUCAACUGAUGAAUAACAUUUGCUUAAAUAUAAUUAGACAAAAUUUUUUUCAAUUGAAUAUCAUUGAAAUGGAAAUAUUUGCAAGUUGAUAAAACUUUUUUUUUUUUUUAUUUUCAUCUAAAGAUAAAAUUUGUUUAAAAAAAAAAUAUGCACCAAUGUAAAAUUUAUUUUUGAGAUAAUAAUUUUGUUUUUGCUGAAAUACUUAUUCUUAAUUUUCAUUUUUUUCAAAAUGAACCAAAGAUUAAGAUCCAGAAUUAAUUGUUUUUUUUUUCUUUUUGUAUUUUGUUAAAUAUUUUUAUAAAACGUGGGAUCUGAAUUUUCUUGUUAAUGAAUAAUGACAAAUCGUAUAACGAAAAAAAAAAAUUGAUAAUAUGAUAGAUGAGAGUAACUUGAAUUGUAAUCUUGUUUUAUUUUUUAUUAUUGAAUGAUAAAAUUAGACAGAAAAAAAAAUUGUUUGUAGUGACUAAUGAAUAGAGCUUAUGAUUAAUUUACAUAUGCGAUUUAUUCGAGUGUUCUUAAAUUGUAGCCAGAAAAAU